GAAAGCGGAAGCAGCCGGGACGGUCUUUUAUUCAACCUGAGCAAAGUCGGGCGUGGGUACGGGUCAAUUACUUGUCCGAGUACCAACGGGUUUACUGGCGGCCCGCGAACCAACGUCCUCAACAUUACCCUCCCCAGUUCCGUCCUCAAUGCGGUUGGCUCGGUACUAGUACCAGCCAGGUAGCCGCUUGCAAUCGCGGCCACCGCUCCCAGGGUCCAUAUCCUUCUGUCAUUAACCCCAUCAACACGAGUUCGCCUUUCGUCGGAAUGUCAUCUCUAUGGCUUCGAAACGGCUCCAGAACGGAAGACAUUGGGAAGUACUGCGAAGGCGGUCUCUGUCCCAUUGAGCUCGGUGACCGCCUGGCGAACCGUUUCACCGUCCUCCACAAGCUUGGUUACGGCGGAUUCGCGACGGUAUGGCUUGUUCGGGACGAUGACGAGCGCCACGGCCGUUACGUCGCAUUGAAGGUGGUGAGUGCGAGCUGGUCCCAAGACUACGAACCAGCCGCCGUUGUCAAUCGGCUCCGGCAGUUUGAGCGCGAUAAUGGAUCCCCAGGCCUCUUUGUCUUGGAACUCGAACAUGUUUUCCACACCAGUCGAAACGGCCGGCACCUGUGUCAGGUUUUCCCUGUGCUGGGGCCGUCACUCGCCUCGUUUAACACUUUCGACGACAAGCUAUAUCUGCCGUUCGCUAAGAGUUUCGCACGGCAACUCGCAAAAGCUCUGGACACUUUGCACUCCCUGGGUAUCCGUCAUGGUGAUUUCAUGCUCAAGAAUGUCGCUAUCAAGCUUGAUAAGUCUCUCGACUCCUUAACCGAGGAAGACUUUGAAGAAAUAUUUGGUGACCCGGAAUGGGAAUCCCUGGAGCGCUACUUCCCGGACACACCGUCACCAGCCCCGGGCUAUGCAGUAGAUACUGGCAAACUUACUUUUCUGCCCGCAGAGUACCUGUCCACUGCGAUCUGUAUCUUUGAUUGGGAUCAGGCAUUCUUUACCGAGGAUCCACCCCGAGACCUAGCGCACAUCUCUCCCCAAUACUUGUCUCCGGAAGCCAUCUUCAACCUAAACAACAGUCCUGCCGCUGAUAUCUGGGCCUUGGGAUCUUUGCCCUUUCACCUCAGGGUGCCUCGACUGCUUUUCCAGGACUGGAUGGCCCGCGAUCCAGAGUCUACUGUUCUUAGAAUCUACGAGGUCUUCGGAAGUCUGCCACAGGAAUGGCUGGCAUUUCUCUUCCUCGGCGGCUACCCUGUCCACGAACCGCUAGAGCUGGGAGUCGAGUACGAUUCCCUCAAGAACGUUAGCGGAUUGACUGUACCCACGCUAGAGCAGCUCGUGGAGGAGAUCCGCGUGCCUCGGAGUCCCAGGGGUACCACGAGCGGAAAAGCUGGGAUCGAGAAGUUCUGUCUUCUACUUCCCACCUGGGAGCUUGCGGACCGUGGCCGUGAGGAAGAGAGAUUCCUCGCUCGGCAUACGGUACCUAUCCAGAAGGGAGACGCAGAACCUUUCCUCGACCUGCUUCGAAAGAUCUUCGAAUUCGAUCCCGCGAAGCGCAUCACCGCGAGGCAAAUUUUGGAACAUCCCUGGUUAGUGGAUGAUAUUGACGACACUCAUUACGGUGAGGAGCAUGAUGGAGAAGAAGACGUCGAAGACACAGGACAGGGGAGUGGAACUGGAAGGGGAGAAGAGAUCCUGCAAGAAAGUGGGACUGGCAAUCAAAUAGGGUGAGAGGAUAAGACAAAGGAAGCUCUAGAAGAGAAACAAGCGGAAGUGGAAGGAAGAGCAGAACGCGCAGGGUAAGGUUAGCACUGGAGGAUGGCCACCAAGCCACAUCGAGGGCAGGGUCAAACUCGAAGUCGUAAAUGAGGCUGAUGGUAUUGUGAGCCAAACUUUCUAACUGCAUGGUGGAAGGUUGAAUUGGCGCAGGCGCCCCCAAUAUACAACUGCAGUGCUUCUUAGUAGCGCAAUGACCCGGACAGCCUAAUCAGCUUAGUCAGAAGCUGUGGCGGUGCUCUUCUUUCCUUACACGCACAACACCAACAAAUGGAUCACCAAUCCAAUCAUUCCGCACUCUCUAGUGGCCUUGGCUAGCGAGUUCCCACCUUCCCUGGAU